GUCUACUACGUGCACAGCACUGGACUGAGCGCUCGGGAGAGAGCCAGAGUCGCGAUUCUUUCUCCGGCGCCGUGCUGAGCGCCGCGGUGGGCGUCCGGGACCGGCAGAGCGGGCCCAAUCGCCGUCCCGCAGGGUGAGCCCAAGCUCGAGGCGUCUCCCCCAUCCCCUUCCUCCCUCCUCCGCGACGACUGUUGUGACCAUGGCAACCGUGGCCGCCUGCCGGCUGGCCCUGCUCCUCGGGGUGCUGACCGGACACGCCCGGGCUCGGAGGAGCCAAGAUCUGCGCUGCGGAGCCUGCAGGGCGCUGGUGGACGAACUGGAGUGGGAGAUCGCUCGUGUGGACCCCAGGAAGACCAUCCAGAUGGGCUCCUUUCGCAUUAACCCCGACGGCAGCCAGUCUGUGGUGGAGGUCCCCUACGCCCGCUCGGAGGCCCACCUGACGGAGCUGCUGGAGCGGGUGUGCGAGCAGAUGAAGGAGUACGGGGAGCAGCCGGACCCCGGAGGCCAGCGCAAGAACUAUGUGCGGGUGGCGGCCCGCCCGGGCCCCGACCCAGGCCCCCAGCUGGAAGGGGUGCGGCUCGAUGGGGACAUCGCCUCCAGCCUCAAGUUCGCGUGCGAGAGCAUCGUGGAGGAGUUCGAGGACGAGCUCAUCGAGUUCUUCUCCCACGAGGCGGAAAACGUGAAGGACCGGCUCUGCAGCAAACGGACCGACCUGUGUGACCAUGCCCUGCACAUACCUCACGAUGAGCUCUGACCAAGCAGGGCCCGCCCCCUGACCCCCCACCCCCGUGGAAAGCACCGGCCGGACCCUUCUCCCCUUCCCCCGCGCGGACGGGGAGGGGACCGUGAGGCAUUUUGUACCAUGUUUUUACCAAAAUAAAGCAAAAUUCCCCAACUCGGGCGUGGAGCGGGAUGUCUCGGCCCCGGCUGGGCCCCUCUCUGUUGAGGGGCUGGUCGGCUGAGCCGUCCAUCUCAUUGCCUCCCAAGGUCGCUCCCAGUUGCCCCCUCGUCCAGCAGCGUGACGCGGAGGGUGGGGAUGGAGGAGGAGGUGAGGCUGGUUGGAAUAGUAGUAAUGAUAA